CCGCGCCCUUGUUGAAUGAGAGGGCACCGAACGACCAGCUGCACUCAUUUGACCCAUCACAAGCCGUCGCUAAGCCGACCAUCGAUCCGUUCGGUCGCUAUGUUCUCGAGAUUCGCGGCGUCGUUGCGUCGCGGGCUGUAUCGCCACCACGCGCUGCUUCUCAAGGCGUCCGUCUCGCUCUUCCUCGCGGUCGUGCUAUGCCUCGCCGUCGACCCUCUUGAAUGGAGGCAGGAGCCCCCGCUGGACGUCUCGCACUGUGCUGCCGACAUGGCCCCCACCGCCCCUGCUGCGCGCCCCACGUCGGCACGCUUUGCGUACGUGACGCUCAUCACGUCGCCCAGCUACGUGAUGGCGGCGCUCGUGUGGUGCACGGCGCUGCGUCUCACGGGCACGCAGCAGCACCUGGUGCUGAUGACGGCCAUGGACGCGCCGCUCACCGUGCCCGCGCUGCACGAGCACUUCGACCUCGUGCUGCCCGUGCCGCUCGUGCCCAGCAAGUACGGCGCCAAGCACUUUGCGAAGCUGCAGGCGUGGCGGCUGGAGCAGUACGAGAAGGUGGUGUUCCUGGACGUGGACGCACUGGCGCUCUGCAACCUGGACCACCUGUUCCAGCGGGACGAGCCCACGGGCGCGCCCAGCUACUUCACCGAGGCCUUCAACAGCGGCAUGCUCGUGCUGCAGCCAUCCCAGGCCACGUUUUCAUCGCUGGUAGCCAAGAUUGACGUGCUGGGCUCCACCGACUAUGCGGACCAGGGCUACCUGAACCGCUUCUGGCCGGGCUUUGCCAACAUGUCGGUGGCGCACCGCCUGCCGUACCGUUACAACGCCAUGGUGCUCUACCCACGCAACUACCCGCCGCCCCCCUGGUACGACGUGGAGCGCGCACACGAGGUGCUGGGCCCACUCAUGGUGGUGCACCUGGGGGGGCCGUGGGGCAAGCCCGCAGGCAUGGGUGCCAACAGGCCUGUGCAUGGCCCCAAUGGCUGCCACUGGUGUUUCGCAACAGGCCAGCAGCCAUAUGCCGUGUGGCUGCGCCUCUGGUACAACGUGUCGCUCGCGCUCUAUGACAACUGCUGGCACCCGCUCCCUGUGGGGGAAAGUGCUGCAAGCGCUGUGGGGGGGGGCGGGCAGGAAGGCGCGCAGGGUGGGGAGGAGGGAGGGGAGGGAGCAUUGGGCAAUGGCUUUUCCCUCACAGCAGGCUUGCCAAAUGCGGCAGACUAUGAGAGGGAAGGGCCGGGAAAGGAGCCACGUGCUGCUGGUUGGGUGAGGGGGAGCAUGACAGAGAGUGCAGUGGCAGUGGCACCUGGUGGCGUGAGUGGCAGUGGCGGGCGCGUGGCAGUGGCGACAGUGGUGGGCGAGCACAACCAGCACGCUGCCGUGGUGUGGGUGCUCUCCUACAACAAGCACCACCCGCCAGGCCCCUCGCGACUCCCCACACUGCUGCUCGUGCUGGCCACGGUCCCCCUAGCCCAGCGGCAGCUGCUGGCGCCGCUAUUUGACCGCGUGCAUGUGGUGGAGCCGCUGGGCCACCCCGGGGGAGACAGCGAGCAGCUGUCAGUGCUGCAGGUGUGGAACGAGACGGACUAUGAGCGCCUGCUGUAUGUGGACGCGCUCUCCCUCUUCACCGCCAACUGCCACGAUGCCGUCUCCGCCUUCCACCCCUUCGCUGCUCCCCCCCUGCGCUUCCCCCCAGACAUGUUCUCCACGCGUGUCAUGCUGCUCCAGCCCGACCGAGACGUGCUGGCGCACAUGCUGCACGAGCUGGUGCAGCGUGCCAACCGCUUUGAUUUCCUGGACGUCUUUCUCAACGCGUACUACGGCACUUGGUUCUACGAGGCGCCGCAACACCGCAUGCCCUACGCCUAUGCCGUCAACCUUAGGUACAACCAGAGGCUGCGGCAGUACCAUCCACACCCCCGCAUUGUCACGUUUGAUGGCGACUCCCCGCUGCGAAUGGAUGUGCGUGUUUGGGAAGACCCCACUGGAGGUCCCAAUUAUGGGCACGUGUGGCAUGGGUACUGGCAAGAUGCCCUCACACGGUGGCCCUUGCUGCGUUCCUUACAGGCUAUAGGAGGCAGAAAGAGGUGAGGCAAUGCACGGUGUGAUGGCUGAGGCUGCUCCGAGUAGCUGCAUGUUGGUAACUUUCCGUAUUUGCCCAACAAAAGCACCCUUGAAAAUUAAAGUCACACCGGGUCUUAUUGUCAAACAUAUUAGUAUAUGUUUAUAGGCAAGCUAGGAGCAUGCCACAGAGAGUACAACACUUCGAACAAAACUACCGUGUAUGCCCUUUUCUAGUU